AAAUAACUACAAUUCGAAGACUUAACCUUAAAAUUGUGCAAAAAUCUAACCUAUAAAUUUUUAUGUUUAUUCUCGUUUUUCGUCCGUGUGUAUUUAAGAGUAUUUAAAUAUGUUGUUAAACAGUGAUACAGAUUUAUGCUACGAGGAAGAUGAGGAUGUUGUCAUUGCCGGAAGCGAACUGCAUGAAGCUCUGUCAAAAAUGGGAUAUUUGGAUUAUGAAGUCGUCUCGGUUCGCAACGACGAACUGUCAUCCGUCACUGAGAAACAUACUGAGAAGGCAUGUACUGGCAUUUAUCGAGGUUUAUGCAAAACCGUUUUGAGUGUUUGUCAAUAUUUAGUCAAGGAUACCAAAGCAUUGCAAAAACAGCUGACCAGUAUAUCAGAAGCAAGGUACCUCCUCGACGAUCAUGCAGCAUUGAUUAAAAGUCUUUUAGAUUCGGAUGAAAGGAUAGAGCCGAGGACAGCAUAUGGCUUACUAUCUUACUUGAAAUACGCAGCAGCUGCUGUCGCAGGAUACUAUCUUGUGAAGCACAGUUCGAAUUCGUUAACUUGGCUGGCAACCUUUUCUGCACUUACGGCUGCUCGAUACGGAUAUCUUAAUUGGCGAACGAAUCGCGAUUUGAGGAAACUUAUAUCAGAACAAACGGAGCUUUAUUACACUUAUAAAAGGAGUCUGAGGAUCUUGAAUCAGUUUUUCCGAAUCAAUAUUGGUGCAAAACAGUCUGGAAUGAAAUUUAACGAUUUUGCUCCAGAGAAAUUGAAAUUAUUACAAACUGUAACUGAAAGUACGAUGAAAUCAUUGCAAAUUAUAUCCAACUUAUACUAUAGGACAACUUUGAGUAUGUUUGAUCUUCUGCCAGAUUCAUAUCGGCCAAAUAUUGAUCUCCAAAUUGCCGGUCUAAACAAAGACAGUUUUGUAAAUAUGGGUGAAGUAACGUACGGAAGUUUGAAGCAAUUAUUCUACAGAUUCGUUCUUGUUCAAUCAGAGAUGCUGUUGACUUUAGCACAUCUUGGUCACAGUGACCUGUUAGGUGUGUGCGACGAAAUAAAAAGAGCACUGAAGAUGGAGAAAAUUGUUGCACAGCUUCUCAAACUAACAGAGAAACACAGAAUAUCAUUAGCAAAAGUGGUCGAUGAAUUUCACAAUUACAGAUCCGUUUCUGUCGAAGCAAAGUACAGGAGGAGUUUUCCUGGAUCGAAAUGGCAAGAUCUUUACGUUCGCUUGCACCUCACCUCUCAUAAGAUGCAACAUGCCUAUAACAAGUUAACGUCGGUAAUGGAAGAUAUAGAAAAUCACCUAGACAGAGGAACUAAUGAAUCUGAGCUUCUCGAAGCUUUGCAAAUAAAACUUGACGACGUGUACAAAGAUGCUGUGAAAGCCAAGGAUCUAGCAGAAUUAAGCAUGUUAAUAGUUGCGCGAAUGAAUCAAAAGAAUUACAAUCGAAAAACGGGAAAUGAUGAAAUGUGUGAUGUUUCCAGUGGAACUUUGCGGUCGGAUAUUCCAAUAGUCAAAGACACUGAUCCAGAAAUAAUGGACGAAGUUUUUGAGGAAUAUAUUCGUGAAAAUCAUUCGGAUGCUCUGAUAAACUCUAACAUGGAUGAUUAUUUGGAGAGAAGUUACAAGCUUGAUAAGAUGCUAUCUAGUAAUCUUAUGUCUGAGUUGAAAGGAGCCUUAAUUGAAAAGCAGAAGGAUACUAGGGAACGGGAAUUGCGUGCGAUGGAACGAAUGGGUUAUAUAAUUCCAAGUGAAUCGCCUACUGCUAAUGAUUCAAAACAGGAUCACUUGUCAGAUUCCGACAGCGAAACUGUGUCGAUAAGUUCUGUUCGAUAUUCAGAAGACGCAUUGGAACAGAAGGAAAAAUCAAUAUCAAAAUGCGCAACAAUUGCGCCUGUCCCUCCGCCUCCACCGCCCCUUCCUCCUGGUCUAAUGGAACCGAAAUUUCAUCAGCCAAGAGCAGAAAAAAAAGCAGAUGGGGCUGAAAGUGAAAAUGAAGGAUCUAGAUGUUAUAUUCCCUUGUUGCCUUCGAGGCCUGUUUUGCUACCGUCGUUCUUAUCUAACGAGGAAGAAACUUUUAUCGGAAGUGGAGAAAAUUCUGACGAAGAUCUCAGUGCAAAUGAAUCUGAUGAAGAAUCUGUAAAUACCGACUUGUAGGUAAUUUUAGUUUUUAAUUUUUAUUACCACUCAAACUUAUUAAAUUAUUUUUAUCGUGUAGCAAUAAUUCAAGAAAUGUAUUGUAAAGAAAAUGAUCGGCUUUUUCCGAGGAAGUCUAAUUAAAUGUUUUGAUAAAA